CCUUCAAAACUUUUMUACUGAAUUCAAGUGAUAUCAGAGCUCUUGUCAUUUUCGAGCAAACGAAGCAAACAGGUGCAUUACUAUCCAAACAAAACCUUAUUUUCCAUGUCAAAUUAAAAYAUAAGCCAUUGGACGCUGGCUCCUUAGAUAUCACUUGCAAAAUCUSAAGAUACUCCACAAGAUAUUGAUUCAACUGCGUAGCAUGUUUUGAUUGGGGAUAUUGUCUUAUUUUGGUGGUCAUUUUGGAAGGUAUUCUCAUCAAAAGGAAACGCCUUUAGGAGAACUACUGUCAUUGUACCAUAAGUAAUAACGAACAUGUUGUUGCUUCAUUUAAAAAAGAAACUACAAAGAAAUUGAGAAGAGACGUUACAUCCAAAGAUGCCGCAAAUUCUAUUGAAAAGCUUGUACAACGACUUAGCAUUAAGUUCAAAACAUCUAAUACUACUUAUUGCUUUCCUUAACUUUAWCCAUGCUCAACAUGGUACUAGUUUCUUCAUUUGUCAUCCCUAUCAAGCAUUGUCAAGCUCUACAUUCUUUAGAGUUUUCAAAGCCAAACAGCAAUUGGAAUGCGCUCAGGCCUGUACCAGGAAUAGUCAGUGUAAAUCGUUCAAUUUUGGUGCAGGACAAGAURUGGUUGGUMGACRUACAUGUCAGCUGCUUACAGUCGACAUGAUGGAARCAUCUCUUACUGUAUCAAAAAAGUUGCACCAUUAUCAGAUGUUUUACCCGGAACCGUGCAGCAGUAAUCCUUGUCAAAAUGGAGGCAAAUGUACCACCGCCAUAGGAACACGUGAAAUCACAUGCGACUGCCCGCUUGGAUUCUCGGGAAAUCGAUGUCAAACGAUGCACUGGGUCAAAUUCAACUCAGGAGUGACAUGUUUUGGAGCAACGAAUGAUCAAUUUGGUACGUUCGAUAUCAUCAACACAGGCAAUCUCGUUACAAUACGACUUGUUCAUUACAAGGUUUGGAAAAGCGCAGGUCUCUAUGGCCGCUCCAAGGAGUUGGUUUUUCCUAAGCUUAAGUCAGCAGUACAAGUGGUCAGYGGGGAAAAAUAUCGAAUUUGGUUUGGACAGGAUUUGGACAAUCAGUCAGACAACAAUAAUAGUGGAUUAGUUUGUGUCGAUGUGUAUGGCUUGUAUGAAUAA